GAUUCUGUCCGCGUUGGAGCGGGCGGGCCGCCGCCUGAGUCUCCGCGGCCGCCGUGUGACGUGGCACAGCCGAACACUUAACGCUGCGCCGGAGCCACCGCAUCAGUCGCCGAGCAGGUCCUGGUCCCGCUACGUCGUGAGCCGCGGCUUCGCCGAGACUCCGGCCUGCGAGACGGGUCUUGAGCGUUUUCUCUUCCGCCCACUCGGUUGUGAGCCGGAACCGUGAAGGCCCGAGAACGCCCCAGACCCCUUCUUUCUGACCGUCAAGUGCCACCACCGCUAUGGGCCUCACCAUCUCCUCACUCUUCUCGCGCCUCUUCGGCAAGAAGCAGAUGCGCAUUUUGAUGGUUGGAUUGGAUGCUGCUGGCAAGACGACAAUUCUGUAUAAACUCAAAUUAGGGGAAAUAGUCACCACCAUUCCUACCAUUGGUUUUAAUGUGGAAACAGUAGAAUAUAAGAACAUUUGUUUCACAGUAUGGGAUGUUGGUGGUCAAGAUAAAAUUAGGCCUCUGUGGAGGCAUUACUUCCAGAAUACCCAGGGUCUCAUUUUUGUGGUAGAUAGCAAUGAUCGUGAAAGAAUCCAGGAAGGAGCAGCUGUGCUGCAGAAAAUGCUUCUGGAAGAUGAGCUGCAGGACGCAGUGUUGCUGCUUUUUGCAAACAAACAGGACUUGCCAAAUGCUAUGGCCAUCAGUGAGAUGACGGAUAAAUUAGGUCUUCAGUCUCUCCGGAACAGAACAUGGUAUGUCCAAGCCACUUGUGCUACACAAGGAACUGGUCUGUAUGAGGGACUGGAUUGGCUGUCAAACGAACUGUCAAAACGUUAAAUGAAACUGGAUAUCUAACCAAGGACAUGUUUGAUAGAAUUGGUCUAGGCUUGUUACAACAAAAUUAGUUUGCAUCUUGGUUAUUAAAGGAUAUCUGAGACAGGUUUGGGCAGAAAUUACAGCGUUGAAAACUUGUUUUGUUGCCAAUUAUUGUUUACCAAGAACAAUGUUGCUAUUUAGCAACAUGCUUGAGUUUAAGAGAAAUUUUCCUUGGAAAAGAAAAGUAUCCAUUAUUAUACUUUCCUUGAACCUAACUGCCUGAUAUAUACUAUUGUGACAUCUUUAAACAAAUUUGAAUGUUUUUUGAACCCACAAGGAUAAUGUUUUAAAGUUACUCCCUUGGUACUUUACAGAUACCUUUAUCAUUCCUUGGACAGUCUGCUGAUUUAAAAGUGUAGCAUUCCAUUUGUAUUUAUUUCUACCCCUUGGCAAAAAGAUUUUUCUAAUAAUGCUUGUACAGGCCAGGGACGUGCUCCAAAACACUAUUCAGUUUUCUUGUACUGAGGAUUCCCCCCACCACCCUCACAUUAUUGACUCCUGGCUUCUGUCAGCCAAACUUUGAUGUAAUUUGGAUUUGAUAGCAAUUUCUGUGCUGGUUGCAAAGAGUUCAUAUUGAGAUAACUUUUAAUACUCAGCAGAUUGUCUUACUUUAUAUUGUUAUCUUUUUUUAUGUUGCAUGUUGCUUUUGGAAUCAACCUGACUCUUUGCCCAGUAUAUGAUAGUUUUGCUGGUUUUUACUGUUUAUUGAUGAACAUAUCUUCCUUAAGAAUUUUUUGAAAACUCAUCAAAUUUAAUGAAUAAGUUUUCUUCAUAACCCAUUUGGAAUUAUUCCUAAUAAAAUGAUUUUAAAUAAACAUGAUUAUGUGUUC